AUGCAAUUAUCUCCUAUAGAUUUAGAUUAUUUGCAUUAAGAAAGCAUUGGAGGAGUCAUUGCUGAUGGAUUGACUGUUCUCUAUAAUACAUAACCUGAUAAACCUAUUGAAUUUCUGGCCAAAUGGCUAUUAUAAUAUUGUAAAACUUCCACUCAGAAAAUUCACUUUUAUAAUGAUGUAUAAUAAUCUUCACUAAUAGUUAACAGCUCUAGAAGAAAGAAUAAAAUAUUUAGAAUUUCAUUCAAUAACAAAAAUAAGAGAAGGAAAAAUUGGAAGAAUUACUUCAAUUAUAAUAAUAAUCCUUGUAAUAAUAACUGAAUUACAUUGAGUAUCUCAGAAACCAUCCAUAUCAUUAAGAUUUAAUAAUUUAAGAAUUUCCAGAUUUCAUAAUGAAGAAAUUUGUAAUUAUCUUUUAUUAUUUUAAUAUAGAAUUUGUCUGGUGUAUACAUAUGUUAUUUUAGUCAUCAAAAAUAAGAAGUUGAUAUAGAUCUUGUUGAUGAUGAAAAUGCCUUUAUCAAUCAAAAAGCACCUAAACUAUUGAAAUAUGUUGGAACAUCUUCAAAUUAGAAAUUCCUUCUAAAUUAAAACUUAACUGAAUAAGCAAUAUUAACAUAUGAAGUACUUAAACCACCUCCUGUAGAAGAAGGUAAAGCUCCUGAAGUUUAUAAGGGUUGUUACAUUCCUGAUGUGGUUAAAGAGCCUAAAAUUUAUUUCCAUAAGUUUCCAAAAUUGGGAUGUUACUUUGCAAUUCCAAUGAAUUUUGAAACUUCUCUUUUUGAAGUAAUAAAAUAUCAUUUAUAUUAGGAUGCUUUUGAUACAGGUUUGAUUAAUAGGAUUAAAUACAAUUCUGAAGUAGAAACACAAAAGUAAGAAAUCAAAACAAAAGAACUUGAACAUGCAGAAUAAUUAUAGAAUGCUGAAAAUGAAGAAUAAAGGUAAUAAUUGGAAGAUGAAUUUUAAAAUUAUUUAUCAUCUCUUCCAUAAAUUACAGAACCAUCAUUUUUAGGGAUUCAAUAACAAUAUAUUGUUUGUGGAGAUACUUUAGGAUAAGAUAAAAAAUUAUCCUUAGAGGAACGUAAUGAAUUAUAUGAAUUAAUACAAUAAUUUGGAUAAAGUUAUUAAGAAAAAGAAAUUGCUUUAUUAUCUGAAGACAUUAAUUAAUAAAUUGAAUAUCAAAAUACUAUUCCUGAAAAAUUGGAAGAGAAUUAUUUAGAUUAAGAAAAUUAAUUUGUUUAGUAGUAAGCUGUAAAUUUAGAAGAAUUAAAAGAAACAAGAGAAAGAGAUUAUAAUUAUGAAAUAGAAUGCAUUAAAUUUGAUUUUUUGAAACAAUAAUUUACAGCUAAAGAUUUUGCUUCAACUUUUCUGAACUUAACAAAGAGAAGAGUGAUCAAAUUUCCAAAUAUAAUAAAAGCAUUAUUUUAUUUAUUGGGUUAUAAAAAAGAGGAAAUUACAUAAGAAAAUAAAUUAAAUUGGAAAAUUGUUGCUUCUUAUAUUGAUUAUAGAUUUUUAGCAAAAUUAGCACUUAUUAAUCAUAGAGGACCUAAAGAAGCACCACUUUAACAUGCAACUAUAUUUAGAUUAGAAAAAUUGAUUGAUAUAUAUGAUGAAGAGAAAGUUAUGAAUUAUAAUUGGGCACUAGGAUAUUUAUAAAGAUUUCUAACAUUAUAUUGUAAAUUAAGAAGAGAAGAUGUUGCUAUAAGAAAAGAGAUAUUAUUAGAAAAGAGAGCAUAAUUAUAAGCAUCGAAAGAAUUAUUAACAUAGUUAUUAGUAUGAAUUAUAUUUAAUAAAAAAUAGGAAUAAAAAGAAAUAGAUUUAUAAGUAGUUAGAACAAACUUUUAAGGAGAGGAAGGUGAAGAAUUUAAUGAAGAAAGAUGGAAUGAAUAAUGGGAAUCAGAACAUAAUCUACCUGAAAUUGGACCAGAACCAUAAGAUGAAAUAGAUGAUGACUUAGAAUGA